UUAUGUUGUCAAAUCUAGAUUCACGUAUUAUUUUUUGUUUAAUUCUAUGAACGUGCUAUAUUUCCUUAACAAAUCUUAAUUUAAUAGUAUAAAUACUAAAAAUGUUUCUCUACCAAGGCCCUGUGAAGGAAUUAGACGAUAAAUUCGUCACUUUGAUUGGGAAAUUUGUAGCUGACAUCAAACAUGGCAAGAUCCGAGGGUCUACCAACAGAGUGCUGGCGAUGGUGACACUCCUGGAGACCAUCAUCACGGAGUCUCAGUAUACCACAGCAGUUGAACUAUGCGGCGCCAUCCGUGCUGCUGGUCGGCAGGUGAUGGCUGCUCUGCCCAACGAGCUGGUGAUAGCCAACGUGGCCAGGAGGCUGCUCCGAGCCAUCCGCGACGAGAACAGAGCCCAAGGGAACCAGGGCAUAGAAGGGUCUGGAGAGAGUCUGCAGCGGUUGGUCCUGGCGGCGAGCGCCCGUCGCGCCACGCUGGGGUCGGCUCAGCAUGACCUGAGGGAACCCUUGAGAGAUUAUAUUGCUGAGCUCCGAGGCGAGCUAGAAUCCAGCAUAUCCAGCAUAUGCGGGCAGGCACGGGAACACGUGCACGGCGACGAGCUGAUCCUCACGUACGGAGCCAGCGCCAUCACGGAGCGGUUCCUCCGCGCCGCAGCCCCUCGGAAGUACAAGCUGAUACUGGCUGAAGGACCUGAUCCUACUGAGAGCCAUGCGAUGGCCAACCGAUUGAGUGCGGCUGGGGUACCUGUGACCGUCAUCAGCGCCGCUUCCAUCUACGCUGUCAUGUCGCGAGUUAAUAAGGUGGUGAUCAGCGUGAAGGCAGCGCUGGGCGGUGGCGCCGUGCUGUCUGAGGCUGGCCUGUUCUCCGUCACUCUAGCCGCCAGGCAUUACAGGGUGCCUGUGCUGGCACUAGUACCGCUGUACAAAUUAUGUCCGAUACACGACUUGACUCCGUUCAACUCAUCCGGCUCGCCUCAUACCGCAUUAUCUUAUGACCGGCACGAGGCGACGAGCGACAAUGUGCACGUGUACGCUCCGAUGUACGACUUCGCCCCGCCAGACCACGUCACGCUGUUUAUCACCAAUCUCGGCGGCAGUUCUCCAUCGUACAUGUACCGCAUGCUGUCAGAAUUAUACGACCCGAGCGACUACGCGUUAUUUGAAAUAAUCAUUGUGCUUGUAAAAGUGUCGCAGUGCAGUGUGUCAGUGUUGUGUUGUUUGGUGUUAGUGAGGCGGAGCGGAGCGUUAGGCUCCGGCGUGUCGGCGCGGAUCGAUAAAACGAGCUGGUAUGGCGCAGAGGUCAUGAGCCAGGGGGGCUCAAGAAGGCCCUAUUCGCGCGGGGGCCCGCGCUGGCACCCGCGCUACAAGGACUACUGGGACUACGAACAAAACUAUAGCGAUGGCAGCAGUGCAGGCAGUCCGAAGGAGGCGUGCGUGGCGGCGUCCCCGCCCCCUGCGCCGGCGCCGGUGAAGCGCGACGUGCGCCACCACCACCCCCACUCCCACCCCCAGCAUGUGCAGCACCAGCCGCAUGGACAGCACGUCCAACAUCCACAGCAUAUGCACCAUGAACAGCAUUCGAGACCGCUAAGUAUAGGCGGCGGAGCAGGCGGGUCUCGACGCGCCGAGCGUCGGGCCGCCGGUCCCUCCGAAAGACGCCGCACAGAGAUGCGCGUCAGUCCAGGAGGCGCCGGUCCGUCAGCGGAUCCUCCACAUAUGAUGCAUCAUCACCAUAUGGACACCAACCCCCUAGAAGGUUCAGUGGAGUCCAUGGUGAGCGGUGCAGGCUCCUCAGACGGGGAGCUAUCCUCAAAGGCUGGAGACAGCCCCAGUAGAAAGCGGAGGCGGAUCUCCAGACAUCUGUCGUCAGGGGAGAGCAACGUGUCAGUUUCUGCGCCGGCCGUCGAACGACGCACGCCCAGACAUCACUAUCAACCUCCCCGGCGGAUGCGAUACGUGAACAACGGUGCGGGCACAUGGGCGGAGAGGCUGAUAGAGCCUCACGCGCAUCCCGCGCAUCCCGCCCAUCCCGCGCAUCCCGCGCAUCCCGCCCAUCAUACGCAUCACACGCAUCACGCACACCCGCAUCACACGCCGCUGUUACUCGAUAUCAAUCAGAUGUCAGUCCGCGGCACCCGUCUGGGCGCGCUGGGCGGCGUGGGCUGGCACCACGCGCAACACGCGCAGCACGCGCAGCACGCGCCGCACGCGCGCGACCACGCGCAGCGCACGCAGAUGGGCGGCGUGUACGCCGGGCUCCAGUACCACGGGAGCUUCGCCCCGCCGCCUCCGCCCCGCGGUCCGUUCGCGUCGCCGCCGCAUCCCCACACACACUACAUCACUAAUUCUCAGCGCGCUGAAGGCGGUCGGCUAGAGAUGGUGGGGGGCGGCGAGGGCACCCUCUCCCCCCUGCAGCCGGCAACCGACCUGCAUCACGCGCCGUUAUUACUUGCCACUGAGGCGCGAGGGGCUCCCAUCGAGCUGAUGGCGCCUCACCACGCGAGACACGCGCUCUCCCACCACCACCAUCGUCGCAGCGGCGGCGGGGUGGGCGUGGGCGUGGGGGGCGGCGUGGGCGUGGGCGUGGUGGGCGGCGGGGCGCGCGCGCGGCCCUACGUGCGCCACGCGGCGCGCUGGCCGCACCACCCGCUGCACCACCUACACACGCAGGGCGGCGGCGGGUUGGUGGGCGCGGCGCUGCCGGCGCACGUACAGGCGCAGCUACACGUCGCGCAACCACUGUCUCUGCCGCCUCCACCGCCCACUUACCAGGUGUUCCUAAACCUCCUGGCGAUGUUCCCACUAUCCCCCUACGCGGAAGCAAGAGGCACCGGCGAAGAAGGCGCCGAGUCCACUGAACCAGAAAACUACGAAGCCCUAUUAUCGUUAGCGGAGCGCCUGGGCGAGGCGAAGCCCCGAGGCCUUGCCCGGCAUGAGAUCGAAGCGCUACCGAGCUACAAGUUCGCGGCGGCGACCCACCGCGGUGAACAGACUAGCUGUGUAGUGUGUAUGUGCGAGUUCGAGGCCCGGCAGAUGCUGCGGGUACUGCCCUGUGCACAUGAGUUCCAUGCUAAGUGCGUGGAUAAGUGGCUUAGGUCAAACCGGACCUGCCCGAUAUGCCGCGGCAACGCGUCAGAAUACUUCAGCAAUACAGAGUGACUCUCACAAGACGACACAUCUACAUAUAACCACAGCAGACUGUCCGUCUAUCAAGUUGUUAUACAACGACUCAUAUAACAUAACAUUACUGGAGAAAUUUGUGUUCGUAACAUUACAGGGGGGCCUACUCUAAUUCAACAGACGAAUGAAUGAACGAAAAAACUUCGCAGAUUGCAUACUACAAUUCUAUUUAUUGCGAACUUUCGUGAAUGAAAAAAUGAACGAAUGAAAUGAAGAUAAAUAAAAAGGUUUUGAUAUGAAAUUAAAAAUAAAACGUUAUUCAAGCGCAUCGAAGCGUCUAUCCAAAACUGCACAUAAGAAAUUCAACCUUAACUCCACAGAGUAAGGGUAAAUUUAUACUAGCGCAGAGUAGAAUCGUUGUUUGCGCGCAGACGCGCGAUUUACGAAGAAUGCGCGCGCUUUUUUAAAAUCUCAGAAGUAAUGUGUGCGUUACGCUGUUGAGUUAAGGUUGCAUUUGUUAUGUUCAGUUUUGGAAAAACGCUUCGAUGCGCUUCGACUCUGUGCUAGUAUAAAUUGACCCUUAAUAAAUCAAUAAUAAAACCUACGGCCGAAGAUUAAACGAAACUUCGCAUUCGAGAACCAGAGUAGGCCCCCAGGACUGGUGAAAACUAGAUGUUACAUUUCAUAAUUAUUUUGGUUGAAUACUAAAUUAUUUGUAACUGAAUUUGUGUUUGUAUAUAAGGUGUUUUAAAAUUAUAUAUACAUGGGACGUAUAACACAAAUGAUAAAAACUGGGUGUACAUUGUAUACCGGCAUUAGCCGUAAUGUGCACUUCUGCCUACCCUUUCAGGGAUAAUAGGCGUGAUGUUUUCUGUCACAUAUUUAAUGGGAGGUAGUAUUGUUAGAAGAGUACAAUAGUGAAGAAAUUUCGUACCCCGCACCAGUUAAUUCAAUUUGAGAACAUAAAGAAGUUAAAUAAACAUUGACUCUACUCUGCAUAUCG